GAAAGAGAAUACAAAAUGAGAAAUAAACGCAUUUCGAACCGAAAUCGGAAGAGAUGCAGGUGCUAUGGCGGGACUGAUGUGUUUUACGGAAUUCCAGUGCAACAGAUGUACGGAUCGAACGGAGCGAGCGCAGGCCUACCGGUGGGCAUGACCACGUUGAAGGGCACCACGGGCACGCUGGGAGCGCUGGGGACCUACGGCUCGGCCCUCGGGGGUAACGGGUGCCACGACCCUGCCGCGGCCGGGAAACUGGCUGCGCCCUGCGGGCCUCAGGCACGGGCACAGCGCGGCCCGGGUCCGCCUCUACUGCCAGGCAAAGUGAGGAGCCACGGUUCCGACAGCGACAUCUCCUCCAGCCAAAAAGACGAAUGGUUUGUGUAGAGGCAGGCCUGGACCAGAGCCCGCAGGGUGAACCGGUGCGGUGGUGCCCUCACCGCCCCCUCCCCCCGGGGACGUGACGACGCCAUGCGUCGCAUCGUUCCUAUUCACAUCGGUCGCGUGUUACCGGCGAACAUCUUGGCAUGCCACGCAACUCCCCAACCACCCUUUCACCUCCACCGAACGGAUCGGCGAACUUCCCGCCUCGAUCAGCCCCGGAUCGAGCCCUACGAAGCCGACCAGCAAGCAGAAAUCACGCGGUGCGUGUACGCGGCUGAAAGUCGCUGCUGCAGAUCGUCGAACGUUGCACGUAGGUCUGAACGGACACCGAGUUCAUCGAUGGAACUCGUGCCUUCCGACCAGUCUGAUUCUACGCGUUUCGCCGCGCGUUCUUUGAGUCGCUACCGAGUUGAGUGGAAACUCGCUUGGAGAUGGAGACGAACGGGGCGAAUGGCAUCGGCACGAUGCGAGGCGUGGACACGUGAUCCGACGGAUAAUUGGACAAAAAUUUCGUUUCAGCGCGAAUAUACGUUGCACGUGUGCGUGUAGUUAUUGGAGAGGGAAGAAAGUAUGCUGAGAGUGCAAAUACGUCGAGAGUAAGUAUGCUGAGAGUGAGACUAGGAAAGGGGAAAGGAGUCAUCGAUGCACAGCCAGGGAACAACCGGAGAUUCGUUCUCGCGGUACACGUGUGCGUAGUCGUUUGUUCUUUUAUUUAACCGAUCGUUGAGUUUUACGUAAUCUAGUCACGUGAAUAGCCGGCUGUCUCCUCGGUACCGAUUUUAUGAAAACGGUACUCUGGAUACACGUGCAUUCUCUCGUGAGUGGUGGAAAUUUUGCGAUGGAAGCGACGUGUCUUCAAUUCCAGCGAUUAUCGCGAUCUAAUACGUAAAUUCGAUGUUUUGUAUUGAAAAUUGAAACACGCCCGUUACGUACCAGUUAGCUCCGGGGAGAUCGAAAUUUGCAG